AUGGUUAUUGGCUACGGACUCGUAUACUACGACAAAGCCAUUUUAGGAAGUGCAGUACUGUUUGGCAUGACAGCAGACCUACACCUUACUGUCAUCGAUCAUUCGACCACACCACCAACGACCAAUACAGACCGCUUGAGUUGGGCAACUUCAUUGUUCUAUUUUGGAAUGCUUGCAGGUCUCUAUCCAAUGAGUUUCGCAUUGCAGAAAUUCAACAUUGGAAGAAUUCUCGGUCCCAUUGUGGUGCUCUGGGGUGGCAUCUGUAUGUGCACUGCUGCAGUACAAGAUUGGCGUGGUCUGUUUGUGCAAAGAUUUGCUCUAGGUUUUGUGGAAAGCAUCAUUCCGACUGGAUUCUCCUGCAUUGUUUCUAGCUAUUACACUCAACGAGAACAGACUUUCCGACAGGCUUGGUGGUUCUCGGGUACAGGACUCUUUACUAUCAUUGGAAGUGCGCUAAACUAUGGCUUUGGUCAGAUUACUGGAGGUGAUUUGAGGCGCUGGCAGUACAUCUAUCUGCUUGCUGGUGCUUUGACAAUCGUCUUUGGUGGCUGGUGUUUCUUGGUACCAAAUUCACCGGUCAGUGCUUGGUUUUUGAGUCCAGAGGAACGCAUCGUUGCUGUCGAGAGGCUUCGCAAAGGACAGACUGGAGUUCGCUGCAAGGAGAUCAAGAUGUACCAGAUCAAGGAAGCUCUACUAGACGUCAAGGUAUAUCUGGUCUUCAUCAUGAUGGGUUGCGCAUACACGGUAAAUGGUGCCGUCGCUGGAUUCGGACCACUGAUUGUAAGCACCUUCGGGUGGAACACUCUCCAGUCCAUCCUACUUCAAUUCCCCGUCGGCGGCAUCAGUUGGCUAGGAAUCUUACUUGCCGGCUUCAUCCCACUUUACAUUCGAAACGUCAGAGUCAUCAUCCUAGUCCUUUGCUGUCUGCCAGUCAUUGUGGGUUGCGCAUUGAUCUGGAAAGCAGACUGGACACAUCAUGCCGCAGCUCCAGUAGUCGGCUACUCGAUCAUUGGCUUCUUCGGCCCUGUGGUCUCGCUGAUCAUUGCUUUGGGAAUGUCGAAUGUGGCAGGUGCUACCAAGAAGAGUUUCAUGUCUGCAGCCAUCUUUGUUGCUUACUGUGUUGGUAACAUUGUCGGCCCGCAACUCAUCAAGAGUCAGACUCGUCGCCAGCACUAUCCCGAGCUGUGGACUGGGUUGAUUAUCUUCUACUGCAUCACAAUCGCUGCCUCUUGUACUUUGUACUACAUUAUGUGGCGCGAGAACAAGCGAAGAAAUGGACUCAAUCUCGAUGAAGAAGAUGCUGACCGACUUGCAUUCAGAGAUCUGACCGACAAGGAGAACCUUCAUUUCAGAUACGUUCUGUGA